AUGUUUCGCCUUUCUCUUCCUUCCAGAAAUGUUCGACACCAAUUCACGGGGAUCCCCAGACAAAUAUCCGGAAGAAUAACAAGAUCACAACAAAGUUCCUAUCGAUCGUACACAUCAUCCUCUUCCUCAUCGAAAUCAUCUUCAUCGUCUUAUCGAUCAUAUGGUCUUACUGUACUCAUAAGUAGUACCACAGCUGUCAUCUUAAGUCAGCUAUGGACUCAACGUAAUCUAGUUCAAUGUGAUGCGUUCCAAGUCAAAACUGCUUCAGAUAGAAGUAAAGCCUACGUUUCGCCAGAUGACAGUCAAAGUCAAAGUCAAGGUGAACAGGUGAUUCCGUCAUCUGCUAAACCAGAAUAUGCAUCUGAAGAAGAAGUCAAAAAAGUUAUCGAGAUAUUGAAAAGUAAAUUCAACGAAGAUCAAGUAACUAUCAAUCCUGAUGAACUACUAUCUCAUGGUGUGUCAGCCAAUACAUAUCAUGCCGCUGCUUUACCUAACGUGGUCGUAUACGUAGAAACGACAGAAGAUGUGUCUGCAGUAAUGAAAGUAGCGAAUCAAUAUAGAGUACCAGUGACUCCUCUAAGUGGCGGAACAUCUUUAGAAGGACAUAUAACAUGUCCAUAUGGGGGAAUUUGUGUUGAUUUAUCUAGAAUGGAUAAGAUGUUGGAAUUACAUGAAGAAGAUGCAGAUGCUGUAGUUCAAGCUGGAUGUCAAUGGGAGGCGAUUAAUGAAGAAUUAAAAGAAAGAGGUUUAAACAUGUUUUUCCCAUUAGAUCCUGGGCCUAGUGCUUGUAUUGGUGGUAUGAUGGCUACCGGUUGUAGUGGCACCAAUGCGGUCAGAUAUGGUACUGCCAAAGGAGAAUGGUUUCUGAAUGCUACUGUCGUCCUACCAAAUGGUGAAAUCAUCAAAACACGGCAACGAUCCAGGAAAUCUUCCGCGGGCUAUGAUCUCACCAAGCUUUUCAUCGGAGCGGAAGGAACGCUAGGUAUAGUGACUGAAGCUACCAUCCGACUCGCUCCUAUACUUCCGACUCGAGUGGCAGUGUGUGGAUUCCCAGGUGUUGAAGAAGCUGUUUCCGCCGUUGGGGAAGUGAUCAACCGUGGUGUACCCAUGCAAUGUGUCGAAUUAUGUGAUACUUUGAUGAUGGAAGCUAUAAGUAGAUUUGGGAAUGUCAGUAUGCCAUUACCAUCAUUAGAUACAAUCUUCUUCAAGUUUCAAGGAUCAGAUCCAGCUUCUAUUCAAGCAAGUAUCAAGAUCGUCAAUGAGAUAGCAAAGAAACAUGGUGGACAAGAUUUAGUUUUCGCUAAAAAUGAUAUGGAAAGUAAUGAACUUUGGAGCGCGAGAAAAUCUGCUCAUUGGAGUGCGAUGGCUUUGGUUGAGGGAGGUACCUGUUAUUCAACAGAUGUUUGUGUGCCAGCAAGUAAUUUACCGAAAUUGGUUAAACAGACAAAGGAAGAUUUGAAACAAAAUGGCAUCGUAGGUCCUAUCUUGGGUCACGUAGGAGAUGGUAAUUUCCAUUGCGCAUUGAUAUUCGACGCAAAGAUCCCUGGUGAAUUCGAAAAAGUAGAUGCUGCAGCUCACAGAAUGGUGAAAAGGGCAAUAGCACUUCAAGGUACAUGUACUGGUGAACAUGGUGUCGGCAUUGGUAAACGUGAAUACCUGCCUCUUGAACUUGGAGAGGGAACAGUAGCUGUAAUGAAACAAUUAAAGAAUACUCUGGAUCCUAAAGGAAUCAUGAAUCCCGGUAAACUAAACCACUCUACAACAGCUGUACCCGGAUUAGGAUUAACCUGUUCCAAUGAAUCCCAUUAUCCCGAUCACUAA